AUGCUUCCAGCAGAAUUGGCCCGCUCAUUAGGCCAAAAAUGGCCCUGUCGAGAGCUCCAGAGCCGGCAACUUGCAAGUCUGCUUGAUAAGGGGAUUUCCAGUCCAGCAAGUAUUGUCGUCCACGGCAUCGCAGCGACAUGCAAGUCUACGAUUGUGCGCGCUGUUCUGUCCACCCUCGAAGUGCCGCACGCCGUCGUCCGCAGCGCCGAGUGCAUCACAGGAAGACAUCUGCUCACGAAGAUCCUGUCGGAAACGCUGGACGCUCUGGGCCAGAAAGAUGAGUGGGAGAGGUUCGGCAAGGGCCGGUGCGAGAACAUCAGCUCGCUUGUAGUACUGCUGGCGGAGUCGCUGGCUUCAAUAACUGGCGGAGGGGGCAAGUUUGUGCUGGUCCUCGAUGGAAUCGAUACGCAGCGCGAGGCGCCUCCGACGCUUCUGGCAGCCCUAGCACGACUUGGAGAAGUGAUCCCGUCGCUUUCUGUUGUGUUGAUCCUCAGUUCCACGCCUCGACCACUGUUUCUCCAGUCAUCGGCUGUUCCACAUAUCAAUUUUCCUCCAUAUACGCGUCAGGAAGCCAUUCGGAUCAUCCUCAACUCAGAUCCACAACCACUCGAAGGCAUCUCUGCCGAGCAGACCGCCAGACUAUACCCAAGCUUUGUUGCCACCGUCUACGAUUCGUUAGUCGGCCCAACAUCCGGCACAAUCCCGACAUUUGACUCGAUAUGUGAGAAGUUAUGGCCUCGAUUUGUGGCCCCUAUCACGGGGGGGGAGGCUCCCCCUGGUGUCAAUGCUUCCGAGUGGGAUUUUACUCGGUUGCUGGUUAGAAACAGAGCGUUGUUCCGGCAUCAAGGCGAAGCAGCCCUGGUACAUCACAUUGUGCCUGAAGAGCCUACUGCUGCUACCCCGGCGACAAGCAAAUCAUUACUAGCCAGAUCUCUCCCGACCGGACCAUCGCCGCUCCCGUCAUUACCAUAUUUCCCAACCCUAAUCCUAACAUCCGCAUACCUUGCCUCACACACCCCGCCCCGUCUGGACACCAUCUUCUUCUCCAAGUUCUCUUCCUCAUCUCUGUCGGCGCGCAAUAAGCGGUCGCACCAUCGCCGCCGUCUAAAACUGCUCUCCCAGGCCCAGGCUGAAGACCUCCGCGAAGCGAGUCAGGAUACUUCCUCGACAACCACAGCCGCGAAUACACCCAGCAAAAAGGGCAAACGGCAAAAGACGCGCAUCACCAAGUCGACCCUCGAAUCGGCCUUUGCCACCUCGUCUGCCACAACGUCCGCGGCAGGUGGUGGCCCCGGCAUCACAGGUCCCUACACCAUCCUCUCCGCACGACCCUUCCCGCUCGAGCGCCUUAUCGCCAUCUACCACGCUAUUGACCCCAACCCGCCCGCCAACCCGAUCCGGACCGCCGCCGUCGCGGACGCCAUCUACGCGGAACUCGCAACGCUGCGCCGUCUGCGCCUUGUCGUCCCUGCGGCGGGCCACCGCAGUAGCGCCCAGGUCGGCGGAGUGGGCGCCGGCGGCGGGGGGAGCGGUAACACCUCCUCUGAUGCAGGGGAGAAAUGGUGCGUGAAUGUCUCGGGGGACUGGAUCGGGGAAUUGGCCAAGGGGAUAGGUGUAGAGGUUGGCGAAUGGUUAGCGGGGGGGUUAGAUUAG